AUGGCAUGUGAAAACCAAACUUCUUUGGCGGAGUUUGUCCUCUUGGGCAUUCCAUACCCUAAAAAGCUACAUGCCCCUGUCUUCCUCUUCUUCCUGCUCAUCUAUUUGCUGACUAUCAUUGGAAACACCCUUGUUGUUCUUGCUGUAGCAUCCAAACAGCAGCUGCAGAAGCCAAUGUACUGGUUGCUCUGCAACUUAGCCGUCCUGGACAUCUCCAUGUCCUCUGUGAUUGUCCCCAAGAUGAUAGCUGGGUUUGUGGAAGGUGGCCAGAUUAUCUCGUUGAGAGGUUGCAUGGUCCAGCUCUUCUCCUACCACUUCCUGGGCUGCUCCGAAUUCUUCCUGUACACUGUGAUGGCCUACGACCGCUUCCUGGCCAUCUGCAGGCCUCUCCAUUACAGCACCAUCAUGAGCCCCAGAGCAUGCCUGUGCCUUUCACUCGGGUCAUGGCUCGGAGGCUGCCUCCACUCUAUCAUUGAAACCACUGUCACCUUCUGGCUGCCUUAUGGCCUGGGCAACGAGAUCGGCUACAUCUUCUGUGACAUCCCUGCCUUGCUGAAGCUGUCCUGUGCAGACACGACAUUCAACGAGAUGUUCACCUUCAUUGAUAUCGGUUUGGUGGCCAUCAUGUGCAUUCUUCUGAUUUUGAUGACUUACGCUUAUGUCAUCUCCGCUAUUUUGAAGAUCCACUCGGCUGACGGGCGCCGUCGGGCUUUCUCCACCUGCGCAGCCCAUCUCAUUGUGGUGAUGAUCUGCUACGUGCCUCUUGCUUUCAACUAUCUGCGCCCGGGGGCUCAGGAUCUUCUCAGCGGGGUCAUAGGUGUCUUCUACACCACACUGACCCCGUUCCUCAAUCCAUUGAUAUAUACGCUCAGAAACCAAGAGAUGAAAGAGGCCAUCUUUAGUCUGAAGGACAGGAGACUAUAG